GGAACAUUUUUGAUUUAAUUACCAGUGAUGCACCGGAGAAUCAGCUUCGUAGGCAGAGAGCAGUGUGUCUGCUGGCCGGCUGCAGGGUGAGCGAGGCACAGCUUCAGUCUCUGCUCUAAUGGAUGAAGACAGGGAUCACAGAUGUUACGCUGACAGAUGUGAGCUCAUCGUGAAGAGAAGGACUGAUUUCCUGAAACUUGCUUUGUAACAGCAGAGCUGAAUCAGUCCUUUGGUUUGACGGUGAAACCAUUCAAACCCAGUAAUAUCCAUCUCAAACACACACCUACACUGGUACUGGUCUUGAAGGUCUCUGCAAACUGACACCGUCCAUUAUUAACUGAAUACAUGAUCCUAUCUUUGUUAUCUACAUCAUAACAUCACAAUAAAACAUCAACUGUGAACCAGUUAAUCUUUAUGGGUAUGAACUGGACUUUGAACGGCUUAUUUUCAAGAGUGAACUGGUUCAACAGGGAGAAGGAGCACGAGGACAGGGAGCGGUCAGACUCCAUUUUCACCUGGACGAGCAGAAGGAAGGAUAGUGAGCAGCAGUGGUCACCAACCAGUGGAGAGUCUUCACUGGAUCCCAGUAAAGCUCUGGACUCAUUGGCUGAGUUAACCAGAAGGAAAUAGACCAGACCUUGAAUAUCUAGAAAAGCAGCGUGGUCUGAACCACAACUGAGCCGCAGCCGGUGCAACAUGGACGAGGACACUUCAGAGCAAGUUGGACCCUCAACCACAAAAGGUCAGGACCACAGACUGAGAGCAGAGUCUCCAGGGUCCAGCUGUCUGUCUCUGAAGAGUGACUGGUCCAAAGGAUUUCCUCUAGACUUCAGUAAUGAACCUGGACCCUCAACCACAAAACUGAGAGCAGAGUCUCCAGGGUCCAGCUGUCUGUCUCUGAAGAGUGACUGGUCCAAAGGAUUUCCUCUAGACUUCAGUAAUGAACCUGGACCCUCACCCACAAAGGAGAGGAAGAGGAGUCAUGUUUCUGAGGAGGAGCAGUCGUCCUGCUGUGCUUCGUGUCAGGACGUCCUGAAGGAUCCAGUCUCCACCAGCUGUGGACACUGGUUCUGCAGACAGUGCAUCACCUCAUACUGGGACCAGUCUGGUUCUUCAGGAGACUCCUCCUGUCCCCAGUGUGGACAAAGAUCCAGAACAGGAGCUGGAGCAGAUCGUGGUCUUCAGGAGGUUUCAGAUGAACAUAAGCUCAGUGUGAGGAGGAGAUGUGAACAUGUGACUGAAGGAAGUGAUGAAACAGGAAGUAGAACCCUCCUCAACAGGAUCUACACUGAGCUCCACAUCACAGAGGGACAGAGUGAAGAGGUUAAUACUCAACAUGAGUGGAGGCAGCUUGAGACGGCUUCCAAGAUGAAGAUCCUCCAGGACACUCCCAUCAAGGUCCACGACAUCUUUAAAGCCUCCACUGACCAGCAGAGCAGCAUCAGAGUCGUCCUGACCAACGGCGUCGCUGGCGUUGGAAAAACCUUCUUGGUGCAGAAGUUCACUCUGGACUGGGCAGAGUGUUUAGAGAACCAGGAUGUGGGUCUGCUGGCUGUGCUUUCGUUCAGGGAGCUGAACCUGGUGAAGGACCAGCAGCACAGUCUUCUCACGCUGCUCCAUGUUUUCCAUCCAGAGUUACAGAAGCUCACGGCAGAGACGCUCGCUGUCUGUAAACCUUUGUUCAUCUUUGACGGCCUGGAUGAAAGCAGACCUUCUCUGGACUUCAACCACAGGGAGCUUGUGUCUGAGGUCACACAGAGGUCAUCAGUCAACGUGCUGCUGACAAACCUCAUCCGGGGGAAUCUGCUUCCCUCGGCUCUCGUCUGGAUAACCUCCAGACCUGCGGCGGCCAAUCAGAUCCCUCCUGCAUGUGUUGACAGGUUCACAGAAGUACGAGGCUUCACUGACGCCCAGAAGGAGGAGUACUUCAAGAGGAGAUUCAGUGAUGAAGAGCUGUGCAGCAGAAUCAUCUCGCACAUCAAGACGUCCAGGAGCCUCCACAUCAUGUGUCAAAUCCCAGUCUUCUGCUGGAUCACUGCUACAGUUCUGGAGCACAUGUUGACCACAGACCAGAGAGGAGAGCUGCCCAAGACCCUGACUGACCUGUACUCACACUUCCUGAUGGUUCAGACAAAGAGGAAAAACAACAAGUACGGUGAGGGACAUGAGACGAGUCCACAGCAGCUGACGGAGGCUGACAGGGACGUUCUCCUGAAGCUGGGGAGGCUGGCGUUUGAACAUCUGACGAAAGGAAACAUCAUGUUCUACCAAGAAGACCUGGAGCGGAGUGGUCUUCAUGUCACAGAGGCCUCGGUGUACUCAGGAGUUUGUACUGAGAUCUUCAGAAGAGAGUGUGUGAUCUUCCAGAAAUCAGUCUACUGCUUUGUUCAUCUGAGCGUUCAGGAGUUUCUGGCUGCAGUCUACAUGUUCCAUUGUUACACCAAGAGGAACACAGAAGAAUUCAACAACUUCCUGGGAACAAAUUGUUACACAGUCAAUACCUUCUCCCUGAAUGACCUCCUGAAGAUAACACUGAAGAAAUCCCUCACCAGUACAAAUGGUCAUCUGGACCUGUUUGUUCGCUUCCUUCACGGCCUCAGUCUGGAGUCAAACCAGAGAGUCUUAGGAGGCCUGCUCGGUCGGACAGGGAACAAUCCAAAGAUCAUCCAGAGAGUCAUCAAGAACCUGAAGGAGAUGAAGAGUGAUAACAUUUCUCCUGACAGAAGCAUCAACAUCUUCCACUGUCUGACUGAGAUGAACGACCACUCAGUUCAUCAGCAGAUGAAACAGUUCCUGACGUCAGAGAACAGAUCGAAGGAGAAACUCUCUGAGAUCCACUGCUCAGCUCUGGCCUACAUGCUGCAGAUGUCAGAGGAGGUUCUGGAUGAGUUGGACCUGGACAAGUUCAACACAUCAGACCAGGGUCGACGGAGACUGAUCCCAGCUGUGAGGAACUGCAGGAAGGCUCAACUCAGUGGUUGUCCACUCUCAGAGACUCAGUGGGAAGUCGUGGCCUCAGCUCUGAAGUCAGACCCCUCACAUCUGAGAGAACUGGAUCUGAGUAGGAACAACCUGCAGGAUUCAGCAGUGAAGCUGCUGUGUUCUGGACUGGAGAGUCCAAACUGUCGACUGGAGACUCUGAGGUUGGAUCACUGCAGUCUGUCAGAGAUCAGCUGUUCUUCUCUGGCUUCAGCUCUGAGGUCAAACCCCUCUCAUCUGAAAGAACUGGAUCUGAGUAACAACUACCUGCAGGACUCAGGAGUGAAGGAGCUGUGUGGUUUUCUACAGAGUCCAACCUGUCGACUGGAGACUCUGAGGUUGAAGGACUGCAGACUGGCAGAGAUCAGCUGUUCUUCUCUGGCUUCAGCUCUGAGGUCAAACCCCUCUCAUCUGAGAGAACUGGAUCUGAGCUACAACAUCAGCCUGCAGGACUCUGCAGUGAAGGAGCUAUGUGGUUUUCUACAGAGUCCAACCUGUCGACUGAAGACUCUGAGGUUGGAGGGCUGUAGACUGUCAGAGAUCAGCUGUUCUUCUCUGGCUUCAGCUCUGAGGUCAAACCCCUCUCAUCUGAGAGAAGUGGAUCUGAGUAACAACUACCUGCAGGACUCAGGAGUGAAGGAGCUGUGUGGUUUUCUACAGAGUCCAACCUGUCGACUGGAGACUCUGAGGUUGGAGGGCUGUAGACUGUCAGAGAUCAGCUGUUCUUCUCUGGCUUCAGCUCUGAGAUCAAACCCCUCUCAUCUGAGAAAACUGGAUCUGAGUAACAACUACCUGAAGGACUCAGGAGUGAAGGAGCUGCUUGGUUUUCUACAGAGUCCAACCUGUCGACUGGAGACUCUGUGGUUGAGGAGGUGCAGACUGUCAGAGAUCAGCUGUUCUUCUCUGGCUUCAGCUCUGAUGUCAAACCCCUCUCAUCUGAGAAAACUGGAUCUGACUGACAACAAGCUGCAGGACUCAGGAGUGAAGGAGCUGCUUGAUCUACAGCAGAGGUCAACGUGUCGACUGGAGACUGUGAGGUGGUUGUCUUAGUGGAGGACAGUGUGAAGAGGACAGUGUGUGUGGACGGAGGCUGAGUUGUGUCCUGAGGAUCCAGAGGCUGAAGCAGCAGCAGCUUGUGUGUAGUCUCCAAUCUACACAACCCCUAAUCUGCAUGUGUUUACAAGAUGAAGCCGGAGCACCUGGAGAAAACACGGGGAGAACAUGCAGACUCCACACAGGAAGACCCCAUCUUAACCGGAUUCAAACCAGCAACCUUCUUGCCCUGAUUGUGUUUAUUCACAUGUAGAAUGUGUUUGUUGAAAUGACACAACACAAGCAGAAUAUAUAAACCCUCUAUAAAGAGUCACAUACAGUGUGUUUAAGUUUGUCUUUAUUAUUGUCCACCUUUGUCCCUCAGUGUGUCUCCAUGUGUGUAGAACCACAUUCUGUGUAUAUGUUUGUUUAUGAUCUUAAAGUUCCUGGAUUCACGUCACAAAUUGAUUUAGUUCAACACAUAGUUAAACACAUUGAAAUCAGUUUGAGUUUAAAAUCAGAGUUUUGUCUUUGACACAAAAGAUCAAAACUCUGGACUUAAAAAUGGGACAUUUUCAUUUCUGCAUCAGGUGCAGAGCGGUGGUGGCUUUUCUACUUUUGACCCACAGGUGGCGCUGCAGUAUAACAGCAGCACAUCCCAGUCAAAGCCUUUAUAUUCAGUCUAUGAGUCAAACACAUGGAUCAUUUCCUCUGUGACAAACCAGAUGUAACGAGAAGAAAAACAUCUCAGAGAGAAAAGUUCUGUUUCUACUUGUCUCUGCUUUAAUGCUCAAUAAACAUCCUUCCACCGAC